UCAGUUUCUACAUUCACAUGCUUCUUAAAUCUGAUUUUCUUUGUUGUUUUACGUGGCCGGAAAUUGAAAAAAUCGAUCACCUUCCAGGCAGAAGGAUGUAUGGAACUGGAAUGUACAUCGGAGAGGCCAUUCGCCAAAGCAUUAACCAGAUUCCGAGUAACGGUUCCAGCUCCCACUCGGCACAGUGAUGAAGCCUUUCCUACCCAGACCCAACCGGACCCUGCGGAUGUUCGAAGAAUUGCUUCUUCGCCUUCUCUUCAUCCGGUAAGUAAUACCCAUAUGCAUGUGUCCAUUUUAGAACUCCCCGGUAUUCAACUAACUACCGCCAAGCCUCAGUCAAGAACUUGAGUUGCUGCACUGGUUGGCACUGAACUUGGCUGAACUGUUUAAGCUGUAAUUCUUCUACAUUCUUCAGAUCUGCCAGAGCCUUUUUCAUCGAUUUUUCAUUAUUUGCCCAUCGUUCAAAGUAGUGAGCAUAUCUCUCUAUAUAUCCGGGGCCUUCCUAUUCAUUACCUCGUUUUUAGUUUUUACUUGUCUCAUAACCGUUGCGCUUCCUAUGAGUUCCAUAAGGUCCAAGGAAAAGCCAGCAAAUUUGACAGCAGCAGGGCGGCUACCCUUGAUUUUUCUCAAUUGGUCUGUUGCAUUUGGGGCAAGGCUUGGGAAAAUUCAACAUGUAAAUCACAUUCCCCGAUUCGACAUUCUUCUUCAGCGUCCACUUCUCCACCGUCUUGCAACCCAUGGGACGUGGAGCCUCCUCUAUAUCUUAAAAGUAUAGAUUGAGAAUAUAUUGAUUAUAUUUUG